AUAGACAAGCUAUGGAUGAUCCAUGGGUUUCGAAUGAAAGAACAAAGGUUGGAGAAAAUUGAGAUGGGAAGAGAGCAAAACCAAGAAAAGGAAGGAAAAGACCAGCAUGUCAUUCAUAUUAUUUCUGAGGAGGUGAACAAGGAUAGAUUAGCUUCCUUGCAACAAAGGAUCUUACAAGCGCCGCAGCUUCUAAACAGUUUGGCCGGCAGCCGCGACUGUUGCAUCUUUAGAGUUCCUCAGAGCCUCAUCGAUAUCAAUGGGCAGGCCUACCAACCUCUUAUUGUCUCAAUAGGCCCUUACCACCGUGGCGAAGAACACCUGAAAAUGAUUGAAGAGCACAAAUGGCGCUUCUUAGGCUCCUUUCUUUCUCGAACACAAAGGAGCUUAGAAGACUACUUGACUGACCUGAAGAAAUUAGAGGAGAAGGCAAGAAAGUGUUAUUCAGAGACCAUUAACCUCGACAGCGAUGAGUUUGUUGAGAUGAUGGUAUUGGAUGGGUGCUUUGCGAUCGAGCUUUUUCGCAUAGUUGGGAAGUCUGUGAAAGCUUCCCCCAAUGACCCUCUCUUUGCCAUGUCAUGGGUGCUUCCUUUUCUCUUGAGAGACCUACUUAGGCUAGAGAACCAACUUCCCUUCUUUGUUCUCCAACGCUUGUUUGAUCUAUCAGAAAAGGAAAAUAUUGGUCUCUCCCUUGUCACACUUGCCUUGUUGUUCUUUGACUAUGCCUUCGAAUUCCUCGACUCUGCAGGUCGAACACUUAACGAUCAAGUAGUUAUUGACAAGUUCAACAACCUCCAGGGAAAACAUCUACUCGAUUUAUUCCGCUCAAGCUUCAUCUCAGAAGCUGAAGAAAAGCUGAAGAACGACACCCCGAAAAACAAAGUCGCCAUCCCAGCAUCUCAACAAAAGCAGAUGAAGAAGAAGAAACCCAAAACCCAGGUGAUUCAAUGCGUAACAAAGCUCCGCAAGGCGGGAAUCCAGUUCAAAUCAGUGGAAACAGGUAGUUUUCUGGAUGUGGAAUUCAGAAAUGGGGUCUUAAAAAUGCCCAAGAUAACAAUGGAUGAUUUCAUGAGCUCGUUCAUCCUCAACUGCGUCGCCUUUGAGCAAUGCUACAAGUACUGCACCACACACAUCACCACUUACGCAACUCUAAUGGACUGCUUAAUUGACACAACCAAGGAUGUUGGAUAUCUUUGUGAUUAUAAUGUUAUUCAGAAUUACUUUGGAACGGAUGCAGAAGUCGUUGGUUUCUUCAAUAAUCUAGGGAAAGAUACGACGCUGGACAUUCAGGAUUGUUACCUCACCAAACUGUUCGACGACGUGAACCACUAUUACUACAACAAUUGGCAUGUCUACUGGGCGAGCUUCAAGCAUACAUAUUUUGAUACUCCAUGGUCGUUCAUUUCAGCGGUAGCUGCUGUUGUGCUUCUUCUCCUAACCAUGGCUCAGACCUUCUUCACCGUUUAUCCUUAUUUUCGUCCUCCUAAUUAAGGAGUGAGACCAGAGAGACAGGGGGCGCUUUGUAACUCAUCCUGAUCCAGCUGCUAUUGGAGGUUUGUUCCACUCCACCUUGGCUCAUUAACUUGCUUGCGCCCAAUAAUUGCAGGAGGUCGUUCCUGUCUUUUGCAUCAGUCUCGAUCGGUUAAGCAUAUUCAAAGGCAUGAGACGAACCAGGCUGCUUAUACCCUUUCUAAACUUGCGAUUGGUUGCUUAUACCCUUUCGAUCGAUUGAGGAGGCUCUCAACCAUGUG